UGCCGGUAGUAGUAGCAGUGUUAUAGUAGCAGACAGCUGCGGUGAUCGCUUCGUGUCAGUGUCGUUUCCGUCACGUUCAGUUUACCGUACUAUAAUAUUUUGAAAACAACUCGACCGUUCCGUGGUCGUGUUCGUUGCGUUCGUUUUCCACUCCUCAGUCGUUUCCCACUGGAAGUUCACUCGCGGUGCGUCUUUUCAACGUGCCAUGACAACAGCCGCCAGUGCACCACCACCACCACCACCGUAACUCAAGCAGUCGUAUUCGUAGUCCGCGAGUCGUAAUCGUAUUUGCAGUCGUCUCAUAGUCGUCGCCUGCAACAUGUUGAAGCUGUUGGGCGGGCUCAAGGAGUUCGUCAGACGGCAACCGGUGACCAUCGAUGGCACCGUUUUCCGGGUGCACGUGACGUUCACCACGGUCGCGCUGCUUGCGUGCUCGAUAAUGGUGACGGCUACGCAGUACGUGGGCAACCCGAUCCAGUGCAUCGUGGACGGACUACCCACCAGGCCGGUGAACACGUAUUGCUGGAUCACGUCCACGUUCACCAUGCCGGACGCGUUCCUCAGGGAACAGGGCGUAGGCGCCGCGCACCCUGGCGUGGGGCCCGAAAACGGCGAACCUCCCAAGUACUACACGUACUACCAGUGGGUGUGCUUCGCCCUGUUCUUCCAGGGUAUGAUGUGCUACUUCCCCAAGUGGAUAUGGGACAUGCAGGAGGGCGCGCUAAUGUCCACGCUGGUCAUGGGCCUGCAGUUCGGUCUGGGCAACGAGAAGGAACGCGARAAGCAGAAGAAGAUACUCGUCCACUACAUGCUCACCCACAUAAGAAAACACACCUGGUACGCCGCCAAGUAUUGGAUGUGUGAGUUCAUGUGCCUGGCAAACAUCGUGCUGCAGAUAUACUGGAUGAACAAAUUUUUCGCCGGAGAGUUCAUUACGUACGGGCUGCGCGUCAUCGGCAUGUCUACCGAACAUCAGGAUAACCGGGUGGACCCAAUGGUCUUCAUAUUUCCUCGGGUGACCAAGUGUACUUUCCACAAGUUUGGACCCUCUGGGACAGUGCAAAAGCACGAUUCGCUGUGCGUGUUGCCACUGAAUAUCGUAAACGAGAAGACUUACAUAUUCAUAUGGUUUUGGUAUCUACUGCUGUUGUUGGCGCUGGUCUUAAUGAUCUGUCACAGGUACAUUUUAUUUUCGUGGUAUCGAGAACCAGGGAGGGGACGG